AUCUGCCCUACCAUGGAAAACAGCAUACAGACCGCUGCAUAAGUAUUAUCUUUCGAACUCCUUUUCCAAGAUGCAAGCCUCCUUGUUGCAUGGCAAUCGCCUAGGGCUUCCAGGGCAAUCCGGGUGCCAAGCAAGCGCUGUUAAGCAUGUUCAUGUAAACUGUGCAUUUUAUUUUAGGGCUUUUUCUGGGCCGCGACGUGUUGGGGAGCCUGCAGCUGUCCAAUUAUCGCGGCGGAGCCCAGUAUUCCAACAAGCAGCGCGUAAGGUGGAUAUUCAGCUGCAGCAGAACCCAUCAGAUGCUUUACAAACUACCGCGCCCGGCGUUUCCUGCAACCCGGCUAAGACAGGCUCGGUUGCACGCACGGCAUGCCUGGUUGUCGCUGCCAUGUGCCUUGCGGGCGCGUUGCCUGGCGCCGCGAGCGCUGCUGCGGCCGCUGCUGGCAGCAACCCAGUCUCUGGCCUCCUGAGCUUCAUCCUCCACCUGGACAAGCACCUUGCCGCCCUCAUCGCACAGCACGGCCCCACCUCCGUGUACGGGCUGCUGUUCGGUAUCGUGUUCGCGGAGACGGGGCUGGUGCUGACGCCCUUCCUGCCGGGGGACUCGCUGCUCUUCGCGGCAGGGGCGUUUGCGGGCAUGGGCCAGCUGGACGUGGCGGUGCUGUGCGCCGUGUUCAUCGUGGCGGCCAUCCUGGGGGAUGCACUCAACUAUGCAGUGGGUGCCAAGAUUGGGAAGGCGGCGGUGGACCGCGGAAUCGUGAGUCAGGAGCACAUCGCCAAGACAGAGAAGUUUUACGACAAGUACGGCGGCAAAACUGUCGUACUGGCUCGCUUCGUACCCAUUGUACGGACAUUCGCUCCAUUCGUCGCGGGCAUCGGCAGUAUGCCGUACGGCAAGUUUGCCUGGUACAAUGUGGCCGGAGCGCUGCUGUGGACCUUCCUGUUCGUGGGCGCCGGUUUCUUCUUCGGUAACCUGCCCUUCGUGCGCCACAACUUCACGCUGGUGGUGCUGGGCAUCGUGGCGGUGUCAGUGGUGCCGGUGGUGUACGAGAUCUGGGCGGCACGCAGGGAGGCGGCGCAGGAGGCGGCGGAGAAGCAGCAGCGGAAGGCAGCGGGAGGCGAGGAGCCGGGUACCGGCAGCAGCAGUGGUGGGGACAAGCCUAAGUUUGCAUGAGGGAAGGAGGGAGGCAGGCGUGAGGGUUGAAGAGAUCGGGGCGCGGGGAAUUUGGGGGUGAGGAGAAAAUGGGGGUGUGGAGGGUCGGAUCCCUCGGAAGAGAAGGUUGGCAUGGCGGAUCGGGAUGGGGAGUCGCUGGAUGCCUGGAUGAUAGCAGAGGAGGUCUAACUAGGUGGGACUUCGAUUGUGACUGGGCGGUAUUGGGCCACGCAUGUAGACCGAGCGAGCUGUGUUGCCUCUCGCCUUGCCAUGGCUGCCUGGGGACGUUGCUCAAGGAAGGGGCUAGUUCGGCAAUGGGCUUGCAUGAUUGUGCCGUAAUUCGUACCCCCGUGCUGUUUUAAUUGGGUAGAAAGGUAUUGUAAAGGCGGCACUAACACUGCACUAACUCAGCCCUGUUAUCCCACAAAACUGGACAUCCCAGCAUCGUCAGGUUCUUGUCUCUUGCUU